GUGUAUUAAAUGUGUAUUAAAUGUGUAUUAAAUGUUGAAUUGAAUUGAAUGUGAUUUUCAGUCAAAACAAACACAAUAUUUACUGAUAAAUCAUAUGAAUGACUGAUUGGUUGUAAUCAAUGAUUAGAUAAUUACAAAAAACGGUUUAUUUUUGUUUCAUUCAAUCAUUUGUUAGUUUAUAACACAUUUGUUGUCAAAUGUCAGCCAAUUAUGCGAACGGUUUGUCCGAUUACGACAACAAAGGUGUUUGUGGUCUUCAAGAAAUUUUUGAAUCUCCUGAAGAGGUUGAGUCCAAAGUACAACUAUUGGCCAAAUGGUUGGCGCAGUCCAAGUCAUGUGUUGUUUAUUGCGGCGCCGGUAUUAGUACAUCAGCCGGUAUUCCCGACUUUCGUGGCCCGAAUGGCAUUUGGACACAAGAGAAAAAAGGCGUCAAACCCGACGCCGAGACAAACGAUCGGUCACUGGCUAAGUGUUUUCCAACACAAACACAUAUGGCUUUGAUAUCACUAAUAAAAGCAAAAUCCAUCCGAUUUAUCAUUAGUCAGAACAUUGACGGCUUGUUCUUGAGGACUAAUAUCCGUCGCCGACAAAUAGCUGAACUUCACGGCAACUUCUUUCUGGAUGAAUGUACACAUUGUAACUCCAGAUUUAUAAGGUCGACACCGAGCCAUACUAUGGCUCUUAAGGUAUCCGAUAGGCAGUGUCUGAGAAGUUCGCGACCAUGUCGUGGGUAUCUUCGGGACACUAUUCUCGAUUGGGAGGACGAGUUGCCCAAAAAUGAACUCAAAUGGGCUGACAAGUACUCUCGUGAAAGUGAUUUAUCUAUUUGUUUGGGCACAACCUUACAGAUAGAACCGGUCGGUUCAAUGCCUUUCCUAUCAAAGAAGCUCAACUCUGGUCGCGUUGUUAUCAUUAAUCUUCAACCGACCAAAUUUGACACCAAAGCUGAUCUCGUGAUUCAUGACUAUGUGGACAAUGUUAUGAUACUGUUAUGCAAACAACUUAACAUUCAAAUUGAUAGUUAUGAUCCUACAGUGGAUCCAAUUAUAAAUAAACCAGAAGGCACUGAAUGGCGCCGAUAAAGUGCGCAAACAAUUUGUUAAUUAUGUGUUAAAUACACAUAAAUUUAACAGAAUUUACACAAAUUUACACGAAUUUAUUUUAUCAUAAUUUAAAUAUUUAUACGUUUUAAUUAUACAGUAUUUUAUAUUACAAUUUUAAGUUAUCAUAAGUUUUUAGUAUACAAAUAUUAGCACUUAAACAUCAUUACCGUAAAUCUGUUAUUUAAUACAUUAAAACAUUGUUUUCAUUUUUGUGGGCAAACUUUUGUUACCCAAUAUUUAAGAAUCAUAUGAAUUACGCUUAAUUAGAGUUCGGGAAAAUUUAUUCCUUUCAAAUUCCCGGAAAUAUUUUAUUUUCCCUCUCUAGCUCUUUAAAUGAAAAAUAUGUUUUAUAUUUGGAUAAAAAUACUAAAACUAAUAUUUAGCAUAAUCAUUGAAAUAUAAAAAAAUUGAAUAAAUUUAGUGACUAUUUGACAAUACUAGUUAAUAUACAAUUUGAUAUAACAUAUGUUUUUCAAACCUUAUAAUAAAAUUUGUGAAUUAGCGUUCAAUUAGCGUAUCACAUGAAAAUAUAUUCCCAGUUAGGAUGGG